AUGGCGAGUUACCUUCUGUCUGAAAAGAUCAAGGUUCCUUGGAGGCGGAACCUAGGAACAGACACCGUCACGGCCCAUUUUAUGGAGGGCAAGGCUGAGGACAGUGAAGGGAACAGGUAUGCGGGGGUGAUGAGCAGCACAGGCACUCCAACCAAGACCUCACAUCCCCUCCACCACAGCCCCCGCCCGGUCGAUCCUGAGCGGCUGGACAGGGAUGCCUGCGGGACCUGCGGCUCCCACCUGGAUAGGGACGCCUGCGGGACCUGCGGCUCCCACCUGAGCUGGGACACCUGCCCGGGCCCUGAGCUCAUCUGUCGGCUCCAGGCUUGUUCACCUCGGUGUUCCCAGGCCUCUAGAACACUGCCUGAGGCGAAGACCUCUGAUAACACCACUGUGUUCAGGGCCACUGGCCCCACCGCCCACCAUGACUUUGUCCUGGAGAUGCUGACCUUCACCAGAGGGUCACCAGGUCCCCCCAGCACAGACUCCAGGACCAGGGACAGCUCCCACCCGCGGCCGGGCCCAGCUCAGGCAGGCGCAGACCUCAGCCGUGGGGACGCUGCCCUGCACUGCGUGAGCACGUGCCAGCUCCUCCACCCUGCAGCGUGUCACGACAAUGGGAGCUGUGGCCCUGAGUCCCCUGAUGUCCAGGAAAACAAGGUGAAUAUGCCACCCCCCUCCCCAAACAGCUUUUCCCAGCUCUUCCUUUCGGCGACCAGUCUCCCCCUCCACACCACAGAAGUGGCCAAGAGGCCCCCAGUGCUGGAUGCUGGCAUGGGGCGCCCUGCAGAGUCCAGGGCAUCUGCUGCCCUCGCCAUCCGUGGGUUCUGGGAGUCGACCCCGUCAUCCCUCGGGACCUCGGGCCUCCACGGGGCCUCCAGCAGCACCUGGCCUUCAGCUGCCCGCAAGUCCGUGGAGCCCCGGGCACACGAGCGCUGGGUCUCGGGGACCGCAGCCCAGCCCCUCGCUGAGGCUCUCCAUCCGGCAGGUGGACAACGCUGCAUCAUCCAUGUCAGCCUGGACGUGAGAACACAACACGGACAAGAGCUUCGUGCCGACUGGGAGGGCGAUGCCUCAGCCCCCUCACUCACACGUCCCUGGGUACAGACCUCUGCUGAAUGGCCGCCUUGA